UCGUAUAAUAAAAAGUAAUUAUUAUAUAUUAUCGUAUCAUUAUGAGUGAAAUUCCAGAAACACAAGUUAAAGACAGUGCAGUCUCCGUUAUAACUGAACAAGAACGUACUUUGGCACAAAAUGCACUGUCAGACUUUCAGAAAGGUUCCUACGCAUCAUGCUUGUCGCAUUUAAACAAGCUAGAAAGCCUCAGGCCUACGGAUCUUAAAGUUACACACAACAAAGUUGUCGUAGAAUAUUAUAAGAGCGAUUUGAAAAAAACUGAGUUGAUGCGAAAGAGCUUGAAUGCUAUAUGUGGCCAAAUAUCAACGGCAGACUCUAGUGAGGCUAUCGAUGAUGUCGAAAAGUGUGUCAUGAGAUACAAUCAAGCUGUGCUGUUAUAUCAUACCAGACAGUAUAAUGCAGCAAUUCAAAUUAUGAAUAGACUCUUUGCUUUCAUCGAACCAAUGGAAGAGACUUUAGCACACAAAGUUUGUUUGUUAUUAAUUGAAUUAUAUAUAAUAACAGAACAACCAGAUACAGCUCUUUCAAUACUAAAUUAUAUAGAGAGCCAGUUUGUAUCUACUGAUAAUUCCAAGAUAUCAUCUGUUGACAAAGAUGGUGUGAUGAAAUCUGUAAAGGAUCAGAAAGAACAAAAGAAAGGUGUCAGUGAUUCAGCAACAGAUGCAUUCAAGAUAAAACUCUUGAAAUAUAAAGCAAGGAUAUAUCUUCUGACCCAUCAAUUAAAACUCUGUAAAAAAGAAUGGAAGACAUUAGUUUCACUGGGUACACCAGUGGUGAACACAUCAACAAUUUUUUUGAAAGCUAAUCUGGAAUAUUUGCGAGGAAAUCAUAAAAAGGCAAUGAAAUUAUUAAAUUCUGCGACUACAGAAAACUUAGAUUUUAAGUCGUGUGGGGAGUCUUUGGCCGUUUUAUAUUAUAAUAAUAUGGCAUGUUUGCAUUUCGCGAUGGAUAAGCCAAAUUUGGCUUGUUUCUACCUGCGAAAAGCUCUUCACGAAAAUAAAUGCGCAGUAGAAAGUGUACAAGUUAAAGAUACUGAUGCCUUAUCUUCUCAACCUUUGUACACACUUGGUAGUAACAAACACUACGAGCUGAUGUACAGUUUAGGAGUAUCGUUAUUACAUGCUGGUCAAGCAUCAAAAGCCUUUGAUUGUUUUACGGAAGCGGCGCAGAGGUUUCACAAUAAUCCUAAGCUAUGGCUCAGAAUGGCAGAAUGUUGUAUUUAUUGUCACAAACACUCAAAUGAAGUCGAUUUUAAGAUGUUACGACGACGUGAGGAUUUGGUGCAGAAAGUCGUGGGUUCUGGUAUUUACAGAAAGAUCAUAUUAGCCACGUCUCUUUCGGAAAAGGUCAAUUAUCAUUCUGAAGGCUUAUCCUACGCGAUCCCACAGCCAAUGUUGGAAUUCGGGUCCUUGUGUUUGAAAAAUGCGUUAUUUUUGCUGCCAAAUAAUAAUGAGUCAAAUGUACCAACGACAACUACUACAAAUUCACAGACAGUAUCACUAUCAUUAACACCUGGCCACAAUUUAGGUGUGCAACAUAAUACAACGCCAAUGUCUCAAGCCACGGCUAUUGAAUCUUUCAAUUUAAAAAUCAGCGUGUUGGCCGCUAGCGCAUAUGUUUCCUUGUGCCUUGGAGAUUAUACGCUUGCCCUUGAGCAUGCAAAAGCACUAUUGAGCUUUAAUAAACUGCCGGGUGCGUAUAGAAUGUUAGGCAAUUUAUAUGCUGCUGAAAGCCUGAUAUUCAUGGAUAAGAUCAGUGAGGCUCUCGAAUACCUCAAACCGGAAAAUCUUCAAGAUUUAAAUACAUUCACGACCAUGCCAGAAGUUUCCGAGAAAGAUAAAGACAAAGCAGAGGAAGUUGUUGCAAAGCCUAUAAAAACAUGGUAUCCUACAACAAUUUCUACCGGUGUUGCUGUGUUACGUUACAACUUAGCUGUGGCUUACGCUAUACGUGGCGAACUAGACAAAUCUGGAGAAACUUUAAAACAGAUAUGGAUAUCAAAACCACAAGAUUGUGAUGUACCGAUACAAAUAAUAAUGCUGGCUUUGUACAUAGAGUUGCAAUUAGGUCGUGCAGACGUCUCCAAAUCGAUAAUAAAGCAACACUGUCUACAAUGUCGUUAAGGAUCGAGAUUUAAAUUGACUUUAAAAGACAAAACUUUUAUAUUUUUUCAAUUAGUAUAUGCAGGAUACUCUUUAUUUCAAUUCCUGUUAUUAUUUCUGAAACAAAUGAUCAUAGCAGAAAAUA